AUGGUGAUUAUUAGGCAAGAGCUGAUAGACUGGUCCAGCCUCUCCCCCCUGUGGAACAGCCAGGCACAGAGGAUCCAGUCCACACUGUCCCUUCAGUCAGGCAGUCAUGCCUCCAACUCGUUAUCGAUAAUCAGACCGGUCACUGGGUCCCUCUCAGGGAAGGUAAAUCUUCCCUGCUUCUUCUCCACCAUCCCAACCUCAGCGCCGGUCAUCAGCCCCAACGGAACUGCCAUUUAUAGCAGAGAUUACCUGCGGAUCAAAUGGACCAAAAUAGUGGGGGAAGUGGAAUCCACAGUGCUGGUGGCACAAAAUGGCGUCAUCAAGAUAGGUUCCAUCUACAGGAACCGUGUGUCAGUCCCCAGUCACCCGGAGGACGUCGGUGACGCCUCACUGACAGUGGUGAAGCUGCGUGCCAGUGACGCGGGCACUUAUCGCUGUGAGGUCAUGUACGGCAUUGAAGACACCCAGGAUACAGUGGACCUAGAUGUCAACGGUGUUGUCUUUCACUACCGGGCGAGCAUCAGCAGAUAUACACUGGACUACCAGAACGCUGUCAGAACAUGCCAAAAUGUUGGAGCAACCAUUGCCACAUAUGACCAACUGAGAGCAGCCUUUGAGGAUGGCUUUGACCAAUGUGAUGCCGGCUGGAUCGCUGAUCAGACAGUGAGAUACCCCAUUAUCCAGCCAAGGAACGGCUGCUAUGGCAACCUGAAGACCAAACCUGGCAUUAGGACAUAUGGCAUCAGGAAACCAACAGAGACCUAUGAUGUAUAUUGUUACGUAGAUAAACUUGAUGGUGAAGUGUUUUAUGCUCCUGUGACACAUAAGAUGACUUUAGAGGAGGCCCGUGUAGAGUGCAAGAGGAGAAAAUCUGUUUUGGCAACCCCUGGCCAGCUCCAUGCUGCCUGGCGACAGGGCCUGGACAGAUGUGACUAUGGCUGGCUCUCUGACGGCAGCGUAAGACAUCCUGUUGCAUUACCCAGAAUGAAGUGUGGGGGGGGCCUGCUUGGUGUCAGGACCAUGUAUCGCUACAGAAACCAGACUGGCUUCCCAGAACCAUCUACGAAGCUUGGAGCUUACUGUUUCAGAGGAAUUCAUUCAUGUACAAAGGAUGUUUGUUUGAACGGGGGAUCUUGCCACAAAAUUGGCAGCCUCUAUACUUGUAGCUGUCCUCCUGGGUACAAUGGUGAUCGCUGUGAGACAGAUAUUGAUGAGUGCCAGUCAAAUCCUUGCCGCAACGGAGGCACAUGUGUAGAUGGGCUGGCUUCCUUCAUAUGUGUGUGCCUCCCAAGCUACUCUGGGCUGUAUUGUGAAGAGGAUACAGAAGUCUGUGACUAUGGCUGGCAUAAGUUCCAGGGCCACUGCUACAAGUACUUUCCCCAGAGGAGAAACUGGGACACAGCAGAGAGAGAGUGCCGCAUGCAGGGGGCUCAUCUCACCAGCAUCCUUUCCCACGAGGAGCAACAGUAUGUCAACCGUCUUGGACAGGACUACCAGUGGAUUGGCCUGAAUGAUAAGAUGUUUGACAGCGACUUCCGCUGGACUGACGGCAGGCCCAUGCAAUAUGAAAACUGGAGGCCUAACCAGCCUGACAGCUUUUUCUCCGCGGGCGAGGACUGCGUAGUGAUGAUCUGGCACGAGGAUGGCCAGUGGAAUGACGUUCCAUGCAACUACCACCUCACCUUCACCUGCAAGAAGGGCACAGUGGCUUGUAAUCAGCCCCCUCUGGUGGAGAAUGCACGAACCUUUGGCAAAAAACGUGAGAGGUAUGAGAUCAACUCUUUGGUGAGGUACCAGUGCAGGACAGGCUUUAUUCAGAGGCACAUCCCGACCAUUCGUUGUCGUGGGGAUGGACGAUGGGAUGUCCCUAAAAUCACCUGCAUGAACCCAUCCAGCUACCAGAGGACCUUUCACAGAAGACAUCAUCACAGUAGUCUCUACAGCGUCAACAACUUCAAAAGAUGGCCGGAUGAGGCCCUCGGCUUUCGUAAUCCGCUCUACCGGGGAAGGAGGGAGAGGACUGAACAUAAGCUGAAGAGACAUUGAUCGCCAUGCAACAUGGCACAGCCUCCUGGAGACGAGAACACACGCUUGUGUGAAAGGAGGAAAAGGAUUCUCUAAGGAAAAUGAGAAGAAAGACAAAACUCAUCAAAUAAACCAAGAGGAAAAUCUGCAGUUUUGUUGCAUUUUACAAUGACGAUGGAAUCUAAUGAAGUGCCUUUUUAAAGAGAUGUUGACUGACGACUUUUCUUAUCAAGGGGGCGCUGUUUCACAACAAUGCCAAUGUGGAUAAAAACACUUUCAGCUGGCUACUGGAAAAGCAAAAAAGUAUUCUCAUCAUUCUUUUUUAAACUGUGGAUGUUUUUUUUCCUUGACAUUGUUUAGCAAAUAAUACAUUGACUGUUGUCUAAUACAUUUGUACACCAAAUGUGCUAAUUAAAAUCACCAUAAGUGUUCCUUAUUCAUAAAAACGCUUUUGUGAAAUUAUAGCACUUAUGUCAUGUAAAGGACUCGAUUAUGUUGUCGUGCUUCCUUCAACCUGUAACCUUUAUCCUUUGUCUAAAGAUCCUAGUUUGGCUUCUCAGAGAUAAAAUGAAGGAAUCAGCAUCGACGACUCUCCAUGCCAAGUACCCUUAAUGGAGUUUUGUAUCACAUAAAUACAAUAUUAAGCCUUUACAAGAGUCUGUCUUCAGUCUUCAAAUCCAGAGGCACAGCUCAUGUUUUGAAACAUGGUUCUAUAUUUGCUAGUCCUUCAGAUUCCAGAUUAAUAAUAUACUUAUAUCUGGGGAAAAGUUCACUAAAGUGCUCAGUUAACUGCUGGAGAUCUUCUUUGUGGUGGCAGCUAAAUAACCACCUUUCAUUAGCAGCCUUCACAGUGUGUAAUUGAUGUCUUAUCAAGAUAAAGCGUUGAUAGAUUUUUAUACAGAGAAUUUUAUAUUUCUUUUUCUUUCCUUGCAAUUAGUUUUUAAGAACCUAUCAACAAAGCCUUUAUCUGCUGAUGGAAAUCAAUGUCCAUCAUCAGUUUCAAAUGGAAAGAAGGGAAGUGUGGCUCAAUUAACCUGUAUUUUCUGCUCAUGGAUGUCCAGUGCAUCACCUAAGAUACAUUGCUACUGCAUGUUUACUGUUCCUGAUCACUCAUCUGUUGCUGCUGUGCUGUAGCCCAGAGUCUUCCUGGUCAUUUUGUUUUAUUCUGCACAUUUUUUUCUGCUUUUUUGGUCGACUGACAAUCAGCCAUUGAGAGAAUGUAUUUUGUGAAAAACUCAAAAAGACUUGAACGUAAAGGCUGUUUAGGCACAGAUACAUGUAAUUUAUUUUCAAGCUGCUGAAGACCUCCUUACUUGGUUGGUACUGACAAGUAAAAUACAAUGCUGUCAUCCCACCCAGCAGUGCUCUUCAAAUGUUCGUCAUUGUAUGUUCAACAGGAGACCAGCCACAGACUUGUCUACAUGAGAUGCAUUGAAGAUAAAAGUGUUCAAACUAUAUGACUGAUUUAUACUCCUUUAUUUUUACAUCUUUAAUGCCAACUGUGGACCAAAGAAUAUGGAGGGCCCCAUCGGCUGCAAUAAUGUUAUUUUGUAACAUUAACAAAAAAUCUGUAUGUGUUGAUGGUUGUGUGUCUACAGUCGUUUUUAUAAUUGAGAAAUUUUGUUUUGUUCGUCUGUGAAUGUCUCUGUGUGUUCCAGCUUUAAUGUGCACAUAAUUUCAUAUUUAUAACAGUUUUUUAUUUUUUAUUUUACAAUGUGAAUGUCUGGGAUGCUUGUGAAUUUUGUUUAAAAAAGAAAAUCAAAUUGUUUUUUUCCUGCUUUAAAUCACCAAAGAAACCAAAUAAAUAUAUGGAUAUUAUUAAUAAAAAGGA